CAUCGCAAUAUGGUAGACCAAACUGCACGCACGGGCCCGGUGGUCCUCCUCCGCUGAACUGGCCACCGGCCCGUGCGCGACUGGAGCCACACUCGCGUAAGCGCCCAGCAUAAGAAGUCGCCACCCAGCUCGAACUCGACCCAUCCACUCUUGUUCUUGCCCCCCACGACGGCUCCCGCCCCGCGGCACGAAACACUUCAUACACUACACCUCACCUGUAACCAACAAAUCAGCGUAUGAUGCGUGCGUCGUACCUGCUUUCACUCACCAAACGCGACGCGAAGGGGAACGCAGUCGUGAACUCUGGGAAUGUGGCGUCCGUGCAACCGGUCGCUAUCCCGCCUGUGACCCAGAGCCCAGAGUACUCCGACGCAUACGACAGCAGUCCGGAGACAUUCGCGGAGGCCGAUGAGGCUCAACGCAUCGCUGUCGGUGGCAACGCCACUCACCCCAGCGCGUUCAAAGCGCGUCCGCUCCAGCUGACGCGUCCGCGACGCGUCCCAGACUACGACAUGAUGCGAUUCAUGACGGCUUUCGAGAUGGUGGAGGAGCUGCGGAACCCUAGCAUCACCAUCGCCGAGCCGCUCAUCUUCGCGGCGCCCCGACCCAGGCGCCCUGUAAAGGUCGACAGGGCCAACAUAUCCGCCAUCGUCGACCAGGACUGGGAGCUUCGGGAAGGUCGGGUAUCUCUGAUCAGUACGAAACAAAAAACGGUCCCUCUUCGUGUGUACCGACAGAUGGACGGUUUUGCCAGCCGGGCACCUCUUCUACUGCAAUCUUGCGACACCGAACCCAUGGGUUUCGGCAGGGUUUUUGAAAAGAGCGCUCUGUUCGGCGGUGAAUACCUUCGGACUGGCCAAGACAACAUCAUCUCGCAGUUGACAAGCUACGAGUCCGCGUCCGAAGGCUCGGACGUAUCCUUUGAGACGGCUUGUAGUCUUGGCCACGACGCUGGCUUGCUAGACACGCCACCCAGCGCCUACAAUUCCUCGGUCAUCGACCAGGAGUAUGACGUCAGCGUAGUCGAUCCGCUCGCGCUGAAGACGAGUGACGGUCCCCUGCGCAAAUGCGACUGGAUCGAUUGCCCCUUCUGUCCGGCUUCGGUGGACAACCGAUCCGCAGAGGCGCUGCCGCCGCAAUAUGAGAGCCCUGUCACGAAGGACAGCGCUAGCCUGACCGCGUCGCACAAAGAGGGCAAGGCGCGUUCGAGAAGGCGAACACGCUUGCGACGUCAGAAUGGCUCCCAUGGAGCCACCAAGACGAAGGGAGCAAGCGUUCAUAUCCCUCAAUACGAAGAGUCAGAUGAGAGGAACAGCAGAGCAUCGCUCUCGUCGACGAAUGCCUCCACCGCCCAGCGGCCGUGCGAUUGGAUUGAUUGCUCGAUCUGCGAGCAGGACGGGUGUGCGUCGACCGCGGGACGAGGUGCAGCGGCUGGUCAGGGCUCGUCUGCAAAUGCGGCAGAGCGGGCGGCGACGAAGCCUGGAGGCCGCAAGGAGGGGAGGAAAGGGUUUCUCGGGGUUGCCAUCAUGCUGGGCCUCAUCCGCCGGCCGUGACGGAUGACUGCGAGGGUUCUAUUCAGGAUUGGUUC